AUGUCUGACCGACCAGGCAGCCAUCAGCCACACUCUGCUCGCUUCCUUCAUGGGAAGUUCCACAAAGUGCUGGUGCUGCCACUGUCACGACAACAAUCUCACGGGUUAGGGUUGGGAAUCAUUAAGGCUAGCUGCCAAGACCGUAACAUGAUUUUGUACGAAGUACUUCGCAAAACAUCAUCGUUGCAGGGCUGA